AUGGAGACUGCCAAAGCAGCUCCCAGCUGGCGGCAUACCAAAGCCGACGUUGUCCAACCACCGAUCCUGUCUACCACCAGCAUGCCCGAAGCCAGCCUCCCGAAAGACUUCCUCUGGGGCUUCGCAACAGCAAGCUACCAAAUAGAGGGCGCCGUUCACGCCGAUGGCCGUCUCGACAGUAUAUGGGACACCUUCUGCCGCAAACCGGGCAAGAUCGCGGAUGGCUCCUCGGGGGAGGUGGCGUGCGACUCGUACAACCGCACGGGUGAAGACAUUGCGCUGCUGAAGGACUUGGGCGCCAAAGCGUACCGCUUCUCGCUGAGCUGGUCGCGCAUUAUCCCGCUCGGUGGGCGCAAUGACCCGGUCAACCAGCCCGGUCUGGACUUUUAUGUCAAGUUUGUGGAUGACUUGCUGGCGGCUGGCAUCGUGCCCAUGGUGACGCUCUUCCACUGGGACCUCCCCGAUGCGCUCGAUAAGCGCUACGGCGGCCCGCUGAACAAGGAGGAGUUCACGCAGGACUUUGUGCACUAUGCACGCACCGUGUUCGAAGCUAUGGGUAGCAGGGUGAAACAUUGGAUCACCUUCAACGAGCCCUGGUGCUCCGCCGUUCUCGGCUACAACGUUGGCGUCUUCGCGCCGGGACGUACGAGCGACAGGUCGAAGAGCGAGGAGGGCGACUCGAGCACAGAGUGCUGGAUCGCGGGUCAUAGCAUGCUUCUGGCUCACGCGAUGGCUGUGAAGGUGUACAGGGACGAGUUUAAGGAGAGAGAUGGCGGCGAGAUCGGGAUUACCCUCAACGGUGACUGGUGCGAGCCGUGGGAUACCGACGAUCCCGCCGAUGUCGAAGCAUGGCAGCGCAGACUCGAGUUCGUCAUCGGUUGGUUCGCGGACCCGAUCUACUUCGGCCACUACCCCGCCUCCAUGAAGCGGCAGCUCGGGGACCGCCUACCCAAUUUCACCCCCGAUGAAGCCGAACUGAUCAAGGGCACCAACGACUUCUACGGCAUGAACCACUACUGCACGAACUACAUCCGGCACCGGUCCGAUCCCGCAGACGCCAACGACUUCGGCGGCAACGUCGACGUUUUGCAGGAGAACAAGGCUGGCGAGGCCAUUGGGCCGCCGACUCAGGCGGUCUGGCUGCGGCCGUAUGCGCAGGGGUUUAGGAAGCUGCUGAACUGGAUUAGCGAGAGGUAUGGCGGGCCGAAGAUAUAUGUGACGGAGAAUGGGACGUGUAUAUUGGGCGAGAAUGACAAGAGUAGGGAGGAGAUCCUGGAGGAUGAGUUCCGCGUUUGGUAUUUCAGGACGUAUAUCCAGGCGAUGGCGGAGGCGGUGGGGGUGGAUGGGGUGGAUGUGAGGGGCUAUCUGGCCUGGAGUUUGUUAGACAACUUCGAGUGGGCAGACGGAUAUGGGACGAGGUUCGGCGCGACGUAUGUCGACUAUGAAGGAGGCCAGAAACGCUACCCGAAGAAGAGCGCCAAGACACUGAGAGAGAUCUUCGAAGGAUUGAUCAAGAAAGAGUGA